AUGGAGUCGUUUUUAGGCACACUCGGUCUGCUCACCACGUGUCUCCUUCAGGCAGCUUAUUGGAACGCCUUCCAAGAAGCUUCUUCGCCCUAUACCCGGAGCAGCAUCUCUACAGCUCCCUUCUCCUGCUCCCUCCUCUCCUCCCUCCUCUGGACGGCCUACGCCCUCCCUAUAGUCACACCCCGCCGCAUUCUCUUCCUGCUCGCGCACGUCCUACAGUCACUCUCCCUCUCCGCCCUCCUCCUCCCCCUCAUCUCCUCUGACUCCUCCACCCACACCCUGCGCCUGCGGCAGGUGCUGCAACUGCUGCUACCAGCCUCUGGCCUUUCCAUCCUGGUGCUCUUCCUCGGAUCCUUCUUCGCACCUUCUUCACUCGUCAUCGGAUGGACUGCCUCAGCUGCUGCGGCUCUCCUGCUCGCCUCUCAGCCCCUUUCCCGCAUGCUCAGCCUGCUGGACACAGCAGCAUCGGCACAGCCAUCACACCUCUUCCUCAGCUGCUCAGCUCUUGCAUCUGCAUGCACAUGGGCCGCCUUUGGCUUCGCUGCUCAAGACCACUUUAUCGCCGUGCCAUAUGUGCUGGUGGCAGUGCUUGAAGCCCUCUUUCUCGCCCUUUCCACAUUCCUGGGAGCGGCCAGCAGUGCAGCGUCACAGCAGAGGGCAGCCGAGGGGUAUGAGCUGGUUGCCCCCACAGCGUCAGAAUCAGGCCUCACAGAGCAAUCCCUGUGA